AGGCAGAGAAUGAAGGAUCAAAGCCUCCUAUUGAAAACAAGGUCUCGCAACUUCAAACUUGGGCUGGAUUAGGCAGCAUGUUUCUCUUUGUCUGGAAACAAGCAGUUAAUUAUCUGUACUCUGUUUCUUUUCACCCAUACUUUUUGUUCAACAGAAUUCGGAUAUAUAGCGGAGGAGAGCCGUGGUCCGUCAUACUGACCUUGCAGGCUCGGCAACCGAUCUUGCGACUCUCUCUUGCACCGUCCAGUGUGCCACCACAGUAGACUUCGCCAUGGCCGCGGCCUCAAGCCAGCAGAUCACCCUGCGACUCUUUCGCUUCUUGAGCCUUCCUCCCGAAGUCCGGAACAUGAUCUACGAAUACUACCUUGCCCCACGAAAGUGGGUGGCCUUUGACAAGAUCAGGUCCUUACCGGAAUAUUUACAGACCGAUAUUCAGCAUAUCGAGCGCCUUCCCGAUUUAAUGCGCACGUACAAGCAGCUAUACCGAGAGAUGCGGACACAAGUCCACCACGAGUUGCUAGGGGCGAGGAGGUGGAAGUCUGGAAGAGAGCCAUUCGAACGCCCGUCUUGACUAGACCUGGCAGAAUUUGGCUUAAAACAAGUAUGAUUUCACAUGAGUCGGCGUCUCCUUCUCGGCCGACUUGACUAGCUCUCUCAGAAAGCAAAUCAUCAUGACUCCGCCGUUUUGCUUCAGUUUGUCCAAUAUCCUGUCGCUGGUGUUUCGUGGAUGGGGGCACGGAGUAUAGCUUGUUUGUGGUUAGUCACAUGAGAGAAACAAAAGAG